CAAUAAUCGGAAAUUCAAUCCCUUCUUAAGCUUCCUUCAACCUUCUUGUCAGAUUAGCAUCUACCCUUUUCCUGCCACACCAGCGGAAUCGUCUCCUUAUAAAUACGGACAAUCUAACUGCAUUUGGCGUUUUUCACGGAUUAUUCGCUCAAAAUCCGGUUCGAGCUUCUCUUUCCUUGUAACCGUAAACAGACUGGCCAUGCUGGGCAGUUCUACUAAAAAUCAACACCUGCCUGUAUAUAAGCGACGAAAUGCGACUUCCCAAGCGUUCAUUUUCGUUUUGCCUUUCCAUCUUCUCCCCUCCUCUCUACUCCAGCUCUCCUCUUUCUCGAAACUUCCGUUUCUACUCCCGCUGCAAUUUCGCCGACAAAGGCAGGCCGCUUCGUUCUCCAGGUUUUGCUAUGGCUGGUGUGGGCUUGAAGGACCAGGAAAAACCAGUUGGAAGAGAAAAUGCGGCUGAUGACGAUCAGAGUUCUUCCAUAUGGGCAUCUCCACGAGGAAGCAAAAUUGGCAAGGGACAACAGAUAUUUUGCAAUAGAUCUCUCAACAUGAAAAAUAUAGUUGCUGUUGGGUUUGACAUGGAUUAUACUUUAGCACAGUACAAAGCGGAGACAUUCGAAACUCUUGCAUAUGAAGGAACCAUAAAAAAACUGGUCGAGGAGAUGGGGUAUCCUCAAGAGAUGUUGCAAUGGGGCUUUAACUGGAGCUACAUGGUCAGAGGAUUAGUUUUGGACAAGAAAAGAGGGAAUAUAUUGAAAAUGGACAGGCACAAAUAUGUCAAAGUUGCUUACCAUGGAACUCGGGAAAUGUCAAAAGAGGAAAAAGUUGCAACUUAUGGCAAUACUUUGCUUCAAGAUCCAUUUGAUGAACCUGAUUAUGCACUUAUUGAUACUCUCUUCUCCCUGGCUGAAGCAUACUUAUUUGCUCAACUAGUGGACUUCAAGGACAAAAACCCUGGAAAAAUUCCUGAAGACCGCGACUAUUCUCGGAUAUACAAGGAUGUUCGUGCGGCAGUAGAUAUGUGCCACCGUGAUGGGACCUUGAAACAGACGGUAGCACAAGAUCCUAAGAGAUACAUCAUAGAGGACAUCAAAAUUGUUCCUAUGCUAGAAAUGCUGAGAAAAUCUGGGCGUGCUGUUUUUUUGGUGACUAACAGUCUGUGGGACUAUACAAAUGCUGUGAUGAACUUUCUCUGUGGACCCAAAGCAUCGGAUGCUUGUUCUGCUGAGACAUCUGAAUGGGUUGACCACUUUGAUGUUGUCAUCACUGGCAGCGCGAAACCAGGUUUUUUCCAUGAUGAAAGACGUGCUAGCAUUUAUGAGGUGGAACCUAAGUCUGGGAUGCUGAUGAAUACUGAUAAUGGCACACCUAUGGCUCUGGUGAAUGGGAGUCCGAUAAGAGUGCCAACAAAGAGCUCCACGACAAAAAGUAAAAUUUUUCAGGGAGGAAAUGUUGGUCAUUUGCACAAACUACUCAACGUUGAGUCUAGUUCACAGGUUCUUUAUGUUGGGGAUCACAUUUAUGGUGAUAUUUUGCGCAGUAAAAAAGUUUUAGGUUGGAGAACCAUGCUAGUUGUUCCAGAGCUUGAAAGGGAGGUUGAUCUUCUUUGGAAAAAUAAGGAUAGAAGGAAGAAACUUUUGUCUCUGAGGAGCGAGCGUGAUCGCAUUGAAGAUAAAAUAGACCAUCUCAAGUGGUCACUCAAGUCUCAAGGUGUGCAGCGUACUGCUGAAGAGGCAGCUUCAGCAGCAUCUGAGCUUCGUCGACUGGAGUCUGAGAGAGAUGAAGUUAGGCGUGAUCAUCAAGAGAAACAACGUGAAUAUCAUCAGGAGUUCCAUAAUAUCUGGGGACAACUAAUGAAGGCUGGCUAUCAGAACUCUCGCUUUGCACAUCAGGUUGAGAGGUUUGCGUGUUUGUAUACCAGCCAGGUCACAAAUUUGAGCCUCUAUUCUCCGGAUAAAUACUAUAGAACCAGUGAAGAUUUUAUGCCCCAUGAGUUCGAUAUCCUCUCAGAGUAAAUGAUGCCACCUGAUAGGCAUUUAAAAGAGAAGCUGAAUUGUAAAAUUUGGAUGUGGCUUCUAUCCGGCUGAGGGAAGGACCUUUAGGUUUCAUUGGUGAACUUGAUUGACUGUUAUUGGUUUCUUCUUCUUGAGACAUAAGAAACUCAAAUUGGCUGCAUGUUUUUCUUUUUUCUUUUGUGGUUCUCAACUAUUUGUGUGCAUACUCCGAUAUAAGUGCCUGGACAUCUUUCAAAUAGAAAGGUGGUGUUUAGUGGAAUCUUUUCCCUUUUAUGAGUUUUAUCUAGCAGGUUCAGUGCGUAAUCUGGUAUUUUCUAGCAGGUUCCGUUAUACGAAGUACGCUUGGAUCA